UCUGUGAUUCGUUGCUCUCCACUGGCUCAAAGCUAAGCCAAGCUAAGCUUAGGCUAAGCUCUGAGUCCAUACCUCAGCAAACGUCCACUCACUCUUCAAAGUUCACCUACACACCUAAAAAAUAUACUGAUAGAAAAAAGCUUCUCUCUCUCUCUCUCUCUCUCUCGCAACUUUACCACUCUUUUCUGCUUGCCCAAUCAUUACUCUCCUCACCCACGCCACUUCAUCAUCGACCAGCUAGCAUUCCUUUGCUGCGGCAACCCCUCCAUUCCUCCACCUACUGCUGCUCGAAAUCACUCACUCUGAAACCUACAUUUGAACUCUCUCUCCAACUGUGCUGCUGCUCCCGUCAAUCUCAACUCCCCCAUUCCCCGAUUCUUCAGUCAUUCUUGAAUCGGGGUUGCUCCUGCUGCUGCGGUUCAGUUCUUACUGCUUCAGCUCAGUUCAUCGUCGUCGCCCUCUGGGGAACAGCAAAAUUUGGGAGGAUUUGGUGAAUUUUAGGGAUGGCCCGUUGCUAUUAGGGUUUGAUCAGCAGCAAAGGUGCGAACUUUGCAGCGCAGGGUUCGUAAUUCUGCAGGCAAGACAUUACCCAUCUGAACCCUAGAGGUGUAAUCUUGCAAUGUCGGGCCCACCUCGAGUCCGGUCGACGAACAUUGCCGAGGCAGAGCCCCCGCGACCGGUUCUGAGACCGGCGGGGAACAAUGCGCCCUCCAUCAACUCUAGAAAGCCAGCCUCGAAGCCCAGCAAGAAGUCAGCAGAGAAACCUCAACAGCAAGAACCGGACGCCAAGGACAAGAAGGUAAUUUCAUCCCCAUCAGGGCCACGGAAAUUGGGCAGUGUCCGGGCGGUUCUGCAGCAGCAGGAGAUGAAAGUGGGGUCGAAUUUAGCUAUGAAUGCGUCUUGUUCUUCGGAUGCAUCAUCAUCCGAUUCAUCACAUAGCCGUGCCUCGAGCGGAAAGCUGGUGAGAAGAAACUCUGGGAUUGUUUCUGUGAGGAGGAAGCAAUGCAGUCCGAAGGCAGAGAGUGUUGAUUGUGUGGUGGGGUUGGAGAAGGUUGAGGCUGCCCCUGAGGAUUGUGGAGGUGUGGAGUCCAUUGAUGGCUUGGAGGGCAAGAAAAGAUGCCCUUGGGUCACAGCCAACUCGGAUCCAAAUUAUGCUGCUUUUCAUGAUGAAGAAUGGGGAGUUCCAGUUCAUGAUGACAAGAAAUUGUUUGAAUUGCUGUGCUUAUCAGGCGCCUUGGCUGAACUGACAUGGCCCUCAAUUCUGACCAAAAGACACAUAUUUAGGGAAGUUUUUUUGGACUUUGAUCCGGUCGCUGUUUCAAAACUGAAUGAGAAAAAAAUAGUUGCACAAGGAGGCCCUGCAAGUGCAUUGCUUUCGGAGCCAAAGGUUCGAGCCAUUCUAGAAAAUGCGCGUCAAUUUUGCAAGGUCAUCGAAGAGUUUGGUUCCUUCAAUAAGUACAUCUGGAACUUUGUAAACAAUAAGCCGUCGGUGAGCCAGUUCAGGUAUCCUCGUCAGGUGCCGGUGAAAAGUUCAAAAGCAGAAUUUAUAAGCAAAGACUUGGUCCGGAGAGGGUUCCGAAGCGUUGGACCCACAGUGGUUUACUCGUUCAUGCAGGUUGCUGGUCUAACCAAUGAUCAUCUCAUAAGUUGCUUCCGGUUCCACGAGUGUAUAGCUGGAGAAGAAUUGGCUGAGAGAAACCAAGUUAAAGCCGGUAAGACUGAAGCAAGAAAGCACAGAGAAACCACCGGUUUGGGACUCUCGAAACUCAAGUAAUUGAAAGUUCCACUAGCAAUGAACAUGAAGGCUCGCAAUUUUCUCGGGUUUCUGUGUAAUAGUUUAUGCUGAUACAGUGUAGAGGCAAACUGUAUUUUGGGAUAUGUUGAUUCGUCCUCUGUGUAAAGCUACGGAUGAUAUGCCUGUUGUUUUACGUCAAUAUUCUUCAAUGUUCAUCGUCAUAAUAAUUCCUAUACUUCGAUGAA